AUGAGUGACAUUGCUCAAGAGACUAUUCGUUACGCGGCGUUCGCUGCAUUCAACAUUUUGGUUGCCAAAGAGGUGAAUACUGUGGUUAAUGAGCCAUACAUGGAUGAACCUUUCCACAUCCCUCAAGCCCAGGCUUACUGUAGGGGGGAGUGGGACUCCUGGGACCCCAAGAUAACAACACCACCAGGCCUGUACUUGCUGUCCGUGAUCCUAAAGAAGAUCUUCCUCUUCAAAUGCACCAUUGGAACGCUUAGGCUCACGAACAUCCUGUUAUUGUCCUUCUUUCCUCCGCUAAUUUCAUCGCUGCAAGCAAAGUUGCGACGUAUCGACGCACCUCAAUCAUGGCUGGAACCGACCUUGGAAUCGAUUGUCAUAUCAGCAUUUCCCAUCACUUGGUUUUUCGCGUUUCUGUACUAUACAGAGACAGGGAGUGUCUUCUUCGUACUUGCAUGCCUGCUUGCUGCGCUCCAUCAGAAGCAUUGGUUGGCUGCACUUCUAGGAUUGAUAAGUUGUACUUUCCGGCAGACCAAUAUAGUUUGGGUAUUCUAUGCGCUUGGGCUGAGCUUGCUCAAGACGCUACACUUGAGAAGGGUGGGACAUUCGAAACAUUUACACGAUCCCGUAGUGGUGGACGCGAAAAUCGAGGACUUCGCUAAGAGCGUGAUGUCGCUGCCAAGGGCGAUACUACCUUUACUUCCGUUCAUUAUUCCUUACGCCCUGCUCGCUCUUGUUUUUACUGUAUUCGUGGUCUGGAACGGCGGCAUUGUAUUAGGCGACAAAUCCAACCAUAUCCCCCAAAUGCAUAUCCCUCAAUUAUUCUACUUUGUUGGAUUUUGUACGGCCCUGGGGUUCCCAGUCCUUAUUGGGGGGCCUGGGGGUUUAAUUCAUCUUGUGAAGGCCAUUGUGUCCUUGAUUGCUGGAACUUGGAGGCGAUUAUUGUUAUACGUCACCUUCUGCGUUCUCACUGGGACAAUUAUUCACUUCUUCACAAUUCACCAUCCGUUCCUUCUGUCUGAUAAUAGACAUUACACAUUUUACGUUUGGAAUCGGCUCUACCGCAGACAUUCACUGGUCCCGUACAUAUUAUCACCGGUCUAUGUUACAUGCUAUUACGCAUGGUUCAUCCGCCUCUAUUAUCCCCCUUCCAUGACCCUCAACGACGAGCAACCGGUACACAGCAAACAAAUUGUUCAUCGUAGUGAGAAAUCAUUGCUAGAAGCUCUGCUCCUUCCGAUAUGUCUCUUGCCGACCCUUCUACCUACUCCUCUUUUGGAACCUCGCUACUUCCUGAUACCAUGGCUUCUCCUACGGCUGCAAAUUGACCCUCCACAAAUCAGGUCAUUCGAAAGUCUCCACUGGAGUCUCCUAGGCGAGGGUGUGUGGAAUGCGGUGAUCAAUUGGGGAACGAUGUACGUUUUCCUGUAUAAGUACCGUCCCGGGGUAGGUAGAUUCAUGUGGUAG